UCAAUCCAUGCCCACAAGACAAGCCAUGUCCACAGAACUGGUAGUAAAAUUUUUGACCACCACUGCUACAGACUCUACAAAGAGAAAAUUGAUGUGAAUAAGGGUAAAGAAUCUGAAAUGAAGCAUUCCAUGUCAGCAAAGCUGUGUCUCCCAUUGGUUCUGCCAGCUUCCUGUGUGACAGCCCCCAUACUAUGUGGUCAUUAAACUAUUCUCCCACUUCUGGGUUCUCAUUUGGUUUUGAAGCACACCAGAACACUGGCUUCUACAGCCAUUCUAUGUUGUAAAUAUUGUCAGUCUUUAAGAAACUAAAAAAAACAUAACUAUAAAGUUGCCUUUCUGGAAAAGAAUGCCAUAGUUGAACUUAAAUGAUGAAAUAAUGUAUCUUUUUUACUUUAAACGUAAUGGGAAUUUAAAGGAAAUUCCCAUGAAAUUCAAUUAAAGACCUGUCCUUGGACUUUUAUCUCGACCUUCUUCCAGCAGAAAUGCCAUUUAUUAGCCACUGGGGAAAAGAUGAGAAUUUUUUUAAAAAAUCUUUUACCUCAAGGAACUGGCAGUGUUGUUCUCAAUGCCAAGGCAAAGAAAGAUCUAAGACACUAUCCUUCUGCUAACAUUCUUCCCCUUUAAGUGCUUGUUUUCCUUCUGGAGCUGUUGCUCAGAAGUAAAAGCAACCACAAUGAGGAACACUACACUUACUUAGCAAAAAUACACAAUGCAAAGAUAGUAUGACUGAACGAUGCUAGAAAACUUCAGACCACAAAUCUGGAUCUAAACUUCAUCAAAUCCCUAGUUUCUUUGAAAGCAAACAGCACCAUUUUUCCCACUUGGCUAUUCACAAUUACUUUAGAAGACAUAAAAAAAAUAUUUGACCAUUUAUCACUGGAAGAACACUGGGCAAGCAAAACCUCAGAGAUAAAAAGAAAAAUAAAGAAGAUAAUUUAAGUUUGGUAAGUUGUUCUCUGUUUGUAUUUGUAAAAUAAAUGAUAGAGUCCUUCAUCCAGACAGGAGACUUCGAAGCCGUGUCUCUGGUCUGGUUAUUCUAAUGCUUAUUGGUUGGAAUUCUUGCUAGCAUCUCUCUCUCUCACUACUCUCUUUACCUUUCAUUCCAAAAAUGUUUUUCCUUUUGUGUGGUUUAGUUCUCUAACCAACCUUUAUUCUCAAUCUUAAUCUUUUAUGAGUAGGAGGCCAAGAAUUUGUAACAUCUGCUUUGGAUUUUAGUACAGCAGAAAAAAAGGUAUCCUGGGUAGUUUGGGAAUGGACUACCUAGUAUAUUGUUAGUUUUUCCUAAUAAAAGCAUACCAUAUCUGAAUGGUAACAUAAUUGUGUUGCAAUCUUUCCACCCUCCGAAUGAGUGAAUUGGUGCCAUUAAGUGAAAUUCUGAUCAUUCUUUAACUAACAAUAAUUCCAAAGCAUUAUCAUUAAAAAAUUAGUGUCCUGUUUAUAACAUAAUAAACAAAUAUGUAUCUUAAUAGUGAUACCUCAUGUUUAGAAACAUUAUGCCCUGCAACAAAUUGUAUUUGCUUAAAAGAUUACCCUGCGUGCCAUUCCUUUUUUUUUUUUUUUGACUUUGUCAAAUCCAAAAAAGAAAGGAUGGUGUUUGUGAGAUCAGCAUUGAUUCUGCUCUGCUUUGUGAAUUAUCUAAACAUGAACUCAUUGCUUCUAAUGAGUUGACUCAGGACAUUUUGGUUCAGUUUCUACUGCCCUCCUGGUAAAUUAGGGAUGCUGAUGAAGCUGCCAGUUUGCUGCUUUCAUUACUUUUGGAAAAGGAUUUCUUCACCUUCUACCUGGGGUUGGAUCUGAAUACCUAGCUAUGAGACAGAGGGUAGCUUAUUGAGUUUUGGCUUAGCAGUUUAUGCUCUCAUUGCAGUUUUCAGACAACAUAUUCCUUAAUGCAGUCUGUGAACCUACCCAUGUGGGAAUCCAACAAUUGUAUUCAAUAAAUCAUGGUUAAAACAAAUUCUAUCUAAGCAUGAUGCACAAAGCAGUUUUCAAUCAGUUUUUAUUGCAUUUUUAUUUUUUCUAUACAGAAAAUGGCAAUCUAAACCCUUAAACUGAAAAUAUUGCAUCUCUCUUGAAUGUACUCAGUAAUCACACCAUUCAUUCUUUCCUGCAGGAGAAAAUGGGAGAAAAUAGAAUAGGAACUUCAAAUGAAUCACUGGUGACGAAAUUCAUCCUGAUCGGAUUUUCAGAAUAUCCCAGAGCUCAGAUUAUUCUCUUUUGCUUCCUCUUGAUGGUCUAUCUCAUUAGCUUUCUUGGCAAUGGACUCAUCGUCAUGUUGAUCAUUGCUGACUCCCGGCUUCAUACCCCCAUGUAUUUCUUCAUUUGUGUCCUUUCCACAGUAGACUUUAUUAUUAUCAACAAUGCACUUCCUGAGGUUUUAGUGAACUGCUUCAUCUACAGGCCCACAAUUUCUUUCUCCAGAUGUUUAGUCCAAAUGUACAUAGGCUUAUUUCUAGUUAUAGCAGAGUGCAUCAUUUUGGCAGUCAUGGCAUAUGAUCGCAUGGCAGCUAUAUGCCAGCCGUUAUACUACACGCAGAUCAUGAGUUGGAAAUUAUGCUUUUAUCUAGUAGCCAUGUCAGUGGCCCUUGCCUUCAUGUCAACAUUGACCGCCGUACUCUUGCAGCCCACUGACUUCUGUGGCCAUCACACCAUCAACCAUUUUGGAUGUGAGCUGCAAUCUUUACUGAAACUGGCUUGUUCCAACACAGUCAGUGAGCUCUUUAUGCAUAUCUUCAGCUUCUUUCUGCUAUUCCCUCCCUGUGGCUUCAUAGUUGUGACAUACGUCCGCAUAGGCCUGGCUAUACGACGUAUCAGUUCUAGCCAGGGACGCAGAAAAGCCUUCUCCACUUGUAGUUCUCACCUUGCUGUGGUCAGUGUCUUUUAUGGAACAAUCAUGAUCAUGUACUUGAGACCUGAAGGGAAAUCCAUUUCUGAAAAUGACAAGGUCAUAUCCUUAGCAUACGGGGCUCUGACUCCCAUGCUCAAUCCUCUGAUCUACAGCCUGAGAAACAAGGAUGUCAAGGGGGCAUUUUGGAAGCUGGUUCAAAGAAAAAUCCAGGUAUGAUGUACAUGUAUGCUCACCAUGCCCCAUGUAGGUUUCUACUGCUGACCAUUUCUACUAACCUUUUAAAAAGGAAUUUAAUAACCAGCAUUACUGCUCCUAGUAAACCCAUGAGGGCAUAAGCAAUACUGAAUGUUAAGGGGGAAUGUGUUAGGACUCCAAGAAUUAUAACUCACAAUGCUUUUGGAGAAUAUCAGGCUGGGGAAUAUAUUCACAAAUAAGCUGAGAAUUAUAGGUGCCAAAAUACACCCCUAAAUAUACUAUUGUUUUAGCUUAUUGUAUAUAGCAAUACUUUUUGAAAAAGAUUUGUUAUCCCAUAUGAGCUCACAGAUAAGCCAUCCAUUAAUAAAUUGAUCUUUGAUUUUCUAAGCAAAACACCUGUGCUGGAAAAUAAGGAGGUUGAUUUCAAAGAGGGAGGGGCCGUAUUUCAUAGGAAUAAGAGGUAAUUCAAUCCAGAUAUUUUGUAUGAGAGAAAAAUGGGUGAAGACAGCCGCUCCCUAAUAGUUUGCAGACUACAUUGUAGAAGUUGACAGUAGCAUUUUUAAUCGGAAAGAUUUUGUCUGCUGGUGUGAAACUAUAAAGAAUCGUGAAGGAUGAAAGAAAAUAAAUAAAGCAUGAAACAGGUAAAGGCAUAAUGCACAAUAUACAAUGUAUUGAAGCAGGUUUUGAAGGUUUUGUCUGCAGGUGUGAAACAAUAAAGAACUCGCUUCCUUGAUUUCGAGCCUGACAUUUUCAUGAAAAUACCAGUUUGGUCUCACAAUUAAGGCACCAGGCUAGAAGGCAGGAGACUGUGAGUUCAAGUC